UAUUAGAUCAUCAGUCAUUUCGUUUCAAUGAUUACGAUAUUUUAAAAAUUAGUAUUUGGAAAUGGCUUCUUUGAGGAGCCCGUCGUCGCCGAACGAUGGCUACAAAAGGUUUAGUGAUGAUCUCGCAAACGCCAGCAUCAAUAAUUACGGCUCAAACGUUACAAACAACCGUACGAGCGAUGGCGGCGGCGACGGCCUGGACCUGGGCAGCCGCUCGUCGCUGCACACCGGCCUGCAGAUGUCGGAGGACGAGCACUGGGAGAUGAACUACCACGAGGCCGCCAUAUACCUGGAGGAGGGUCUAAACAACGAAAAGUUCGACUCUCACCCGUCCAGCCCGGAGGAGUUACCAGCAUACCUGCGCGUCCACAACCCCUGGUACCACGGCCUGGACCUGCUGGCCUCGCUCGUGCUCAUCCUGCUCGCGUUCACUGAGGACCCCGCGGUGCCGGCGUUUGAGCUUCCGGUGUGGGCGCACGGCACGAUCGAGCUGCUGGCGCUGUCCGUGAUCGCGGUGGAGCUCCACCUCAAGCUCAAGUGGAUCGGCUGGGGGACCAUAUUCAAGCAUAAGAGGACUAUGCUCAAGGGCAUAACCCUCCUCAUCAUGGUGCUGGAGGCGGUGGUGGUGGUUUGUCGUCAGUCGUCGCACGUGCGAGUGACGCGGGCGCUCCGCCCCAUCUUCCUGGUGGAUACGCGCCACUGCGGCGGCGUCCGGCGCUUCAUACGACAGAUACUGCAGAGCCUGCCGCCUAUAUUGGACAUGCUGGGUCUACUAAUGUUCUUCGUGGCGACGUACUCGCUGCUGGGCUACUACCUGUUCUCGGAGCACAUCGACAACGGCCACUUCAGGACGAUCAGCGACUCCUUCGUCAGCAUGUUCGUGCUGCUCACCACUGCCAAUUUCCCAGACGUGAUGAUGCCGUCGUACGCCAAGUCCAAGUGGUACGCCGUGUUCUUCAUACUGUACAUCAUCACCGUACUGUACGUGCUCAUGAACUUGAUGUUGGCGGUGGUGUACGAGGCGUUCACCCGCAUCGAGCGCGAGAAGUGUCGCGCGCUGCUGCUGCACCGGCGCGGCGCCGCCAAGCGCGCCUUCCGCCUGCUGGUGUCGCGUCGCGCGCCGCGUGCCGUCCGCCUGCGACACUUCGCGGGCUUGAUGCGGCAUUACGCGCCGCAUUAUAGCGGUCUGGACGUAUACCUGAUGUUCAAGCAACUGAACGCAUCUAACUCGGGCGGGUUAUCUCGUACGGAGUUCGCGGCGGUGUACGAGGCGUUGGCGCUGCGGUGGGCGCCGCAAGCAGCAAGAGCUCCGUGGUACGGCGCCGGCCCGUUGGAACCUAUCGGCCGCGCCGCCGCUGCAGCGUUACGCUGGCCGUACUUUGAGUAUCUAGUGUUUGCGCUGAUCGUCGGCAACGGCGUGUCAAUGAUACUGCGCGUGUGCGAGGCGGCCGGGAACCUGCAGGACAGCGCGCGCCUACUCUGUGCUUCCUGGGACACGUGGCUCUUCCUUGUUUUAUUCCUGAUUGAAGCAGCGCUUCGGAUAACAGCGCUCGGGUUGAGCGCGUACCUCGAGAGCGGGUGGAACGUGUUCGACCUGAGCGCGACACUGCUGGCGCUGAUGGGCGCGGUGCUUCUCACCAUCGCACCGCACAUGUUCAUCGUGGUCAUAUUCCGGCCGCUGAGGCUGAUGCGGCUGUACAAGCUGAAGAAGCGGUACCGCGACGUGUUCGGCACGCUGGUGCUGCUGUCGCCGCUGAUGUCGAGCGCGGGCUGCGUGAUGCUGGUGGUCUACUACUUCUUCGCCAUCGUCGGCAUGGAGCUCUUCUCUGGAUACGACCUGAGGAACUGCUGUGUUAACACAACAGUGGAAGACUUCUACAAGUGGAGCGCGAACGCGUCGACGCCGCUCGGCUACUACUACCUCAACAACUUCGAGAACAUCCUCACGAGCGGCGUCACGCUGUUCGAGCUCACCGUCGUCAACAACUGGUUCAUACUCAUGAACGCGUACGCCGCGGUCGCGGGGCAGUUCACGAGGAUGUAUUUUAUGGUGUUCUACCUGUUCACGAUGGUGGUGCUGACGAUCGUGGUGGCGAGCGUGCUGGAGGCCUUCCGGUUCCGUAUACAGUACAAACGGAGCACCACUAAGCGGGACGAGGAGAAGCUGCUACACGAGGAGGUGCACACGAGCUGGGAGGAAGUCCAGCGGCUCGGCGCUAGCGGGGACCUGGCUGAUGAGCUGCGGACAUACCUACCGCCAGGAAUGCAAGUGACAUUCAUCGGCACGCGUCCGCGCACGAAGGAGGUGCUGCAGCGGCGCAUGUACAACGCCGACAUACAGAAGUGGCUCGCUGAGGACGAGGAGAACGAAGACUUGACCCCAUCGACGACGGUGACGUCUAGCGAGGACCCGCUCAGCCCGCCGCUCAUCCAGCAGCCCGACGCCGACAACAACCAUCAGGUGCGCGCCGGCUACCAGUUGUAGAACAUGCUGUUGCUCGUCCUCAGGGAGCGGCUCGUCUUCCUCUGGGACGCCCUAAAGACAUUAUGAGUCGACCGCCUUUGACUCUGCUGGUGUGACACAAAAAGUGCGCUUUUGUCUAUGGUCGGUUUUGGCGCGCGCGCACUCCGAGCCGCCAUUGAUGUGUUGACGGGUGUGUUCCACAAAAGUUUCUUGGUUCACGAAUGAUGGGAAAAUUGUUAUGCAUUAUGUCAGAAACUAACCUAUAUUUAUAAUAUGUGAGGACUGAGAAUUUUUUUGUGUUGACGUAAAGUUCUUUUUAUUGACCACACAUAUAAACAGUAUUUAUUCUGCCAAAAGUUGAUCAAAAUGAUGAUAUCCAAUAGUAUACCAUAAUCAAAAUGUAGAUGAUUUGACUCACGUUUGCUGAUUAGAGCUUUAUUCUAUGAAAUUAGUAGUGUAGACUUAAUACAUUCGCCUUUUGAAAAGAUUGAGAUAGGUGAUAAGUAAAGUAAGGUUUGAAACAUUUUAAUGGACGAUAAUGGAUUUGACUGGAUGAUCCAUUUUAUGUAAGAUAUUAAUUCUUAAAAAUAUGAUCUUCCCAUAAGUGAAUAUAAAUAAGGCGGCGCUCAUGACGCAUAAAAUGCCUAGGCCCUAGUCCAUCACUUUUUUUCGAUACUUCAUGUCGUUAAUCCUUCUUUUCUAAGUCGUCUAAUAACAGAAUCGUAUAUGGUUUAUAGAUAUCCACGAAAUCUUCUCAACCUUAGCUAGACAAAAGUAGUUGAGUAUAGGUACGUCUGGCACAGAGUGCUAUCAAAUUAUCUCAAAUAGUACUAGAAUAUGUACGUACUUGUAGUGAGUAUCAUACCAGUAUAGUGCCUAUAUUAUUCACUAAUAUAGUAUUCAAAUAAUUUUAUCCGUUGGACACAGGUUAUAGGCGAUAUCAUAUCCCAUUAUUUGUUUAAAUUAUUUCAAUUUUCGAAUUCGAGAAAAAGUUGAAGUUUGUCUAUGGUUUUUUUUUUUUUUGCGAAACAUUUACAGUUUUGUCCAACGUGAUAAUAAGUAUGUAUAGAAUUAGAUAAUAAUGAAUAGGAGGCAGCUACUUUAGAAAUUAAAAUGAUUACACUAUAAACAUCUUGCGGUAUUAAAUUAGAAAAUUAUUGAUAUUAGAUCACAAAACUAAUAGAUAUGAACAAUAGAAUACUCUAAUUUAUUAUAAGAUUAAUUUGAUACGUUUAUAUUGUAGUCGUAGACGUAUUAGUUUUAUCGUAACGAGUAAUAUUACUUUAUAAUAUUUAUUUUGUUAUUUUUAAGAAGAAAUAGAAUUUAGUAGAAAUUAUUGGAAUUUGGAUACACCUUAAAUAUUUAUUUCAGAAGACAUCACCUUACAGAUUCCCAAAAAUCAUUGUAGGUCUAUAGGAAUAUUUUAACGGUUGUUAUUUACCAAAGGUGGUAUUAUUUUGAUGCUAGAAAUGUGAAACAUUUUUAACAAGUUUCAUUCCAUUACUCUAACUCUCAUCAAAUUUAAGUGUUAACUUUUAUUACUUUAACAAAUCAUAUUUAUUAUACAGCAUAAACUGUAAAACGACUGUAAAUAGGAAUCUACUUAUAAAAAUAAAUAUUUAUUCGAAAUAUAAUUAAAGAACUGCUUGUUGUCCAUUUUCUGUAGCUUUAUCUGUAGACGCUUAUUUAAAAAAAGUGAUAUUUAAAAGCAAAUAUGAAAAUAUUGUCCUUAGAUAGGCGUCAAAAUUAUUUUUUCCGAUGCUUUACAAUUUACUAACUUAUAAUUAGUAUUUAUUCCACUUAAUUUGAAG